AUGGCGUCGGACGCCGCGCGCAAGGACGCGCGGGAGCGGUCGCUCGGCGGCGCCGCGCUCCGGCUGCUAGCCCUACUGGCGCUCGCCGCGGUCGUCAUUAGGACUCGCGCCGUCCUGGCCGCGGCGCGCGUCGGCGACGCCGUCGGCGCGCGCGCGGAGCGAGUGCGCGCGCUCGAGCACGAGCUCCUCGAGCUCGCGGCGCGCCAGCGCGCGGUCGACGCCGAGCUCGCGGCGGCGGCGCCGGCGGCGCCGGCGUCGGCGCCCGCGGCGCCCGCGGCGCCGCCGGAAGCGAAACCGCGGGCGGCGGCGGCGGCGGCGCCCGCGGCGCGCCCGGCGACGCCCUUCGCGACGACGGCGACGUGGGGCGCCCGGGGCCCGCCGCCCGACGCGUUCUUCGCCACGGACCGCUGCGCGGCGCCGCGGCGCAACGCGAGCGCGGAGGGCAUCUUCUGGUACGACCGGCCCGACGCGGAGGCCUGCGCGCGGGCGCGGAUCUCGCUCCGGGGCGAGGCCGCGUGCCCGGGCGAGGGCGAGCGGCGCGGCCCCGCGAAGCGCCAGAUUCUGGUCACGGGCGUGCAGCGGAGCGGCACGCACUUCACGUGGGAGAUGCUCGCCCGGCUCGGCAUACACGUGCACCACGAGGGCCUCGGGCCCGCGGGGUCCGUGUCGUGGCUGUUCACGUGGAAGGCGGCGACCUACGUCAUCAACAACCCGGCGAGCCUCGACGCGCGGCGCCACCGCUUCUGCGUCGUGUUCCACCAGGUGCGGCACCCGCUCCGCGUCAUCUCGUCGGUGGUCCGGGCGACGCGCGCCCACGACCGCUUCUGGGACUGGCUCUACGGCGUCGAGCCGGGCCUCGACCGGACCGACCCGCCGGUCCGGCGGGCCGCGCGGCUCUGGCUCCUCCAGAACCGGCGGCUCGAGAAAAUCGCGGACGCGCGCUUCCUCGUCGAGGAGACGUCGCCGCGCGCCGUCUGCAGCGCGGCGGGGUUCCCCGACUUCCUCUGCCGGGGCGACGGCCGCCACCACGCCACGUCCUCGAAGGUGGUCCAGCCGAUCCUCGAGCCGCGGCGGCUCGCGCGCAGCGAGGCGCUGCGGGUGCCGUCCAAGGUCCCGGCCGUGUCCUGGGCCGACGUGGAACGCCUCGACGCGGCGCUGGCCGCGGCGUGCCGCGACCUCGCGGCCGCCUACGGGUACGACGCCGACCCGCGGUACCACCCGCAGUCGCUCGACACGACGGCCUUCAAGGCGUGAUGUGUACCCUGUCCUGUUCCGAUGCUAAUCAUAGAGUUGUUAUGGUG